AUGCUCCAGUUCGUUGCGUUUUGCCAGACACUCGAGUUUGGUGCCAAGACGCAGCAGACGCUCGAGACGGCGAACGACGGCCUCGGCAUGAUCCAAUUGUAUCUCUCGACCGAGCCGUCGACGAUCUCGAGCAUGUUUACGUUUCUCAGCAACGUGGUCGGGUCGCUCGUCGACGAUAUCUCGAGCGAAGAGCCCGACUUGAUUCCCGUUGCCAAGCAGCUCCAGCGCACGUACGAAGCGCUCCGGCUCCAGCUCGUGCCCAACUGCCCCACCAGCCACACGCUCAUGGCGUGUAUAUGA